AUUUCAAUAAGCAGAGGUACAGAGAGCGGAACACCAAUACGAAGCAACAGCGAAGAACACGAGGGAGAGAGAAAACAGUACAAACAUUCCAAACUUCCGAUCAUUUCACGCCGGUGAUGGCGUCGCCGCCGGCGACUCAGAAUCUCGAUCGUUUCCGUACGGUGUCCGAGAUCGAGGAGGUUGGACCCGCCGAAUCGGAGGGAAUGACAUUGACUCACGGAGUGAACGGCUUAGCCUCUGCCGAACAGAUUCGCCGGCGAGUCUCCCGGAAGUUUUCGGUCGACGGGAAGCCUCGAAUUUGCCGGCAGCAGUCCUUUGGUCGGGAUAUCGGGCACGCUGCGGCGGAGACGUAUCUGAUUACUCGGCUCAGCUUCAAGCUUCUUCGUUACCUCGGGGUAGGCUACCGGUGGAUCACAAGGUUACUUGCUCUUGCUUGUUACGCGAUGCUGCUGAUGCCUGGCUUCCUUCAAGUUGCAUAUCUUUAUUUUUUCUCAAGCAAUGUCCGGAGGAGCAUAGUGUAUGGAGAUCAACCAAGGAAUAGGUUAGAUCUGUACUUACCGGAACACAAUGACAGCCCGAAGCCUGUUGUGGUUUUUGUGACUGGUGGAGCUUGGAUUAUUGGGUACAAAGCUUGGGGUUCACUCUUGGGACUGCAGCUGGCAGAACGAGAAGUCAUUGUGGCAUGUGUUGAUUACAGAAACUUCCCUCAGGGAACAAUUAGUGAUAUGGUCAGGGAUGCAUCUCAAGGGAUCUCUUUUAUCUGCAAUAACAUCUCUGCAUUUGGAGGUGAUCCUAAUAGGAUCUAUUUGAUGGGGCAAUCAGCUGGUGCACAUAUUGCUGCAUGUGCUCUCUUGGAACAAGCUGUUCAAGAAUCGCGAGGAGAGACCGUCUCUUGGAGCAUUUCUCAGAUAAAAGCUUACUUCGGUUUAUCCGGAGGGUACAAUCUGUUCAACUUGGUAGAUCACUUCCAUAACCGGGGCCUGUAUCGCUCAAUCUUCCUAAGCAUAAUGGAAGGAGAAGAGUCCUUUGAACAAUUCUCUCCUGAAGUAAGAUUGAAAGACCCAAGUGUUAGAAAGGUUGCAUCUCUCUUGCCUCCUGUCAUACUUUUCCAUGGAACUGCUGAUUACUCCAUACCGUCGGAUGCAAGCAAAACUUUUGUAGAUGCUCUUCGAGCAGCCGGUGUUCAAGCCGAACUGAUUUUGUACAGCGGAAAGACGCAUACUGAUUUAUUCCUUCAGGAUCCCCUGCGAGGUGGAAAAGACGAACUCUUUGACCAAAUAGUCUCUGUAAUACACGCUAAUGAGGGCGAGGCACUAGCCAGAGAUGCAGUGGCACCUCGGAGGAAGCGGCUUGUACCAGAGUUGUUACUGAAACUGGCCCGCGAGGUCAGCCCCUUCUGAACAAUCUCAUGUUCUGCCUUUAGUGUGGACCAUGAAUCAGUAGUUUGGUUCGUAUCGCAAUGUUGUCAUUAUUACCGCUGUUGUUUGCUGUCUUUUGUUGUCAUUGUCGUUGCACAAGGCCGAGACUUUCCACCUCUGAUCCAAAAUAUAAAACAGGAAGAGAAUUUGCAUAAUAUUAUAAUGAAAAUCUCUGGAUA